AUGCCGUCAGUAGCGGUUGCUGGUGAAGGAAAGGAAAUUCGGGUCCUGCCCAUAGUUUGUAGAGAGGAGAUCUUGGGACUCCACCGCGCCGUUUUAGGUCCUUUCCAUGGCCGUAGAGAGGAGGUCUUGGGACUCCACCGCGCCGUUUUAGGUCCUUUCCAUGGCCGUAGAGAGGAGAUCUUGGGACUCCACCGCGCCGUUUCAAAAAUCUAUUAUACAUGGAUUGGGUCACACACAAAGGUAGCCCUGGAGGCAGCCCUGCAGGCUCACGAGCUCUCGGACUAG